AAAGGGGUGGUGACAGAAUAUGGGAGUAAGGGUUUGUGAUAAAGAUUGUACUAAUUAGGUGAAAGGAAGAUUUAAAGGUUGACAAAGCAUGCCAGGGGUUUGUGUGCCACGAAGAGGGUUGACAUAUUCUAUCUUGGAAAGAGACAUUUAUGUUGGGUUAAAUUGCUGACAUUGGUUUACAAUAAUUAUGGCAUGGAAGGGCACUAGUGGAAGAAAAAAAAAACAUGCUAAAGUGGAAAUGAUCUGCCCCAAGGACACCCAAAGAAAAAAUCUGAUGUAUAUUAUCAAUAUUAUGAGCAUGCUGUCUAUAUGGUUGAUGUAAUUGGAACUGUAUAAUAAAUACAGUAAAUUAAAAAGGGCAUAUUUGAUAAGUAAAUCAUUAGAGCACAACACCGGCUACAUAGAUCUUCUUUCGUGAAAUCCAGAUGACCACAUUGUUUACAGCUGCCAGAUCAAUGAUCUCAACAUGUCUAUGAUUUGACAGAUGAAAGUGGUUGUGUGGAUUCCCAGAAUUCAUAUGGAAAUUGAAAAGAUUAUCCUUCUCGGGUACCGUGUGAUGUGCGCAUGGUUGUCCAGUCUAUUUUCUGGUUGUUACAAUUAAAUGAUUCCCCUCGGAAAAUAUGAGCGAUCUAGUAAUAGUAGCAACUGGUUAACCAAUACGUUCGUCUUAUUGGCAGCAAAAGCAGUAUCCUACCGAGUGUGAGUUUUAUGUUAGCUUGAUUCUCGAAAUAAUAAGUUACUGUUACGAUGCCUAGCAAAGUUAUAGCUAAAAGCGUGUUAGCCUACAGCAGCUAUGUAUUGUGCAUGAUGUAGCUACCUCUGAUGUUGUACGAUAUGUUUUUUCAAAACAAAAACAAAUUGUAAGAUGCAAAAAUACGGUAGAUCGAUAGGGUAGAUAUGUUCUCAUGUAGUUUAAUACAUAUAUAGUCUAAUAUUAAGUUGAGUUCUAAAUACACAUUAUGGUUAUUGGUCACAGUAGUAGCCCAUGUCUCAAAUGUUAGAAAUUUAAAAGGAACAUAUCGAUAGCUGUCAGUAUUUCUGCUCACUUCGCAGAGUUUGAAGGUUGCUAGUUAGCUCAGCAAUUACCUGGGCCACGUAUUUGUUUUUAAACGUGUUGUACUAGAGAGGAAGCAUGGAUGUGGUCCGGUUGUUUACCUCUCUCAUAGCUGCGCAUCGACAGCAGCAGCAGACUUUAGCUCUGCAGGGGGAGAUUCAGGCUGAGAUUCUGGCACAACUCCUAGAGCAGGAGGAUGUUAACAGCAGGACUCAGUCCAAUAAGGAUGUCAUUGAGGAUGCAGAGGCUCACCUAAUUCUUCUGGAGGAAGUCCUCAAAAGUGUUAAGCUAUCUAACAUAAAAUUUAGACUAGCAGGUCUCCUGGGUGAGGAGAGCCUUAGGGCCGAGGAGCCCGACUAUGAGGUACUGAAGGCCGGUUUGUUGGACCAUGCGAGGGAGGCGGAUAUCCAGGUGCAGCAAGACUUCAGCUCUGUGAGGUUUGACCCCCAGAAGGGGCCUAGGGAGCUUGGACAGGGGCUGGAGUGUGCAGCCCAGCGCUGGCUUCGGCCUGAAAGGAGAACAGCCAUGGAAGUGGUCAGGUGUGUCACCCUGCAAAGGUUUGUCUCACUCUUGCCUGAAGAUGUUGCAGCCCAUGUGCUGAAACAGUGCCCUCACGACAUGGAGCACGCAGUGUGCAUGGCUGAGGAAUACAUACAUGCCCUGACAGAGGAAGGAAGUAGGGUGACGGACGGCCACACUCACACUGUGGGAUAUCCUUCCAACCAGCCAGCCAAGGAACAGGGACAAGGGGGUGCAAAUCAUCUACAUUUUGAGGGGAUGGAAGGAAGAGACAAGGUGGUUCUUGUUGAGGGCAGUGUUGUAAAGGAGGAGGUAGACGACUAUUUAGUAGCGGAUGUCAGUGGGACGGAGAUAGACAGUAGUGGGUUGUACUGUGAGGGAGGAGCUGAUGAUCAUGCUGCCAACAUCGAGAGGUUUCAGCUAAGAAACAUGACAAAUAUGGUGCCUCCAUCUGACACUACCAAGAGAGAUGUUUCUGCUUCCGAGGAGGGUGAGGCUGUGUCUUUAACACCCUCUUAUCUGCAGAGCGGCAAGCAGCCAUGUCUAGACAGUGGCAGCAACUACGGCAUGGCUAGCCAUUCACAAAGAUACAAUGGCAGAGCCUUUAAGUCGUUUUGCUGCCUUGACUGUGACCAGAGAUUUGAGUCUCAGAAGGACUUGACCCAGCAUCGUAGGAGUCAUGCCAAGACUCAUUGCUGCCCUGAGUGUGGGAAGAACUUCCGGGACAGUUUUAAUCUGAAAUGUCACCUGAGGACACAUACAGGCGAGCGGCCUCACCAUUGUCACUAUUGUGGAAAAACCUUUGCUCAGGAGCACGGGCUUCUGCAGCACAUCAAUAUCCACACUGGAGCGAGGCCUUUCUGCUGUACUGUGUGUGGAAUGGGCUUUCGUCACAGCCGAACUCUCAAGAAACACAUUGUUCUUCACUCCCAAGACAGGCCUUUCCUCUGUGCCCAUUGUGGAGUGACAUUCAAACUUAAUGAUACAUUGAAGAGGCAUCUGAAAACUCACACAGGAGUACAAGGUGUGAAUAAACAUAAGUGACAUCGAUUGCUU